GAAGAGAGUAUAAAGAGGAUGUAACUGACUAGUCUCCUUAUAGCUCAGCGAGGCACGUGUUGUUUUAACAGGGAGUGUUAUAAAAGCUUUGGAUUUCAGGCUCACAGUUUUCUGAGUAAGAAGAGACAAUGGAUCUGGUUGUGGUCCUGGGGCUCUGUCUCUCCUGUUGGCUUCUCCUUUCACUCUGGAAACAGAGCUCCAGGAAAGGGAAGCUCCCACCUGGCCCCACUCCUCUCCCUAUUAUUGGAAAUAUCCUGCAGUUAGAUGUUAAGAACAUCAGCAAAUCCUUAACCAAUCUCUCAAAAGUCUAUGGCCCUGUGUUUACUCUGUAUAUUGGCAUGAAGCCCGCUGUGGUGUUGCAUGGAUAUGAAGCAGUGAAGGAAGCCCUGAUUGAUCUGGGGGAGGAGUUUUCUGGAAGAGGCAAUUCCCCAGGGUCUGAAAGAGCUAAUAAAGGACUUGGAAUCGUUUUCAGCAAUGGAAAGAUAUGGAGGGAGAUGCGGCGUUUCUCCCUCAUGACUCUGCGGAAUUUUGGGAUGGGGAAGAGGAGCAUUGAGGACCGAGUUCAAGAGGAAGCCCGCUGCCUUGUGGAGGAGUUGAGAAAAACCAAUGCUUCACCCUGUGAUCCCACUUUUAUCCUGGGCUGUGCUCCUUGCAAUGUGAUCUGCUCCAUCAUUUUCCAGAAUCGUUUUGAUUAUACAGAUCAGAAUUUUCUAAAUAUAAUGAAAAAAUUUGAUGAAAAUGUCAGGAUCGGUAGCUCUCCAUGGAUGCAGCUCUGCAAUCAUUUCCCUGUUCUCUUAGAUUAUUUCCCAGGGAGUCAUAACAAAUUGCUUAAAAAUAUUGCAUAUAUAAACAAUUAUGUUUUGGAGAAAACAAAGGAACACCAAGAAUCCCUGGACGUUAACAACCCUCGGGACUUUAUUGAUUGUUUCCUGAUCAAAAUGGAGCAGGAAAAAGAAAAUCAACAGUCAGAGUUUACUUUUGAAAACUUGACAAUCACUGUGUCUGACUUGUUUGGAGCUGGGACAGAGACAAUGAGCACCACCCUGAGAUAUGCUCUCCUCCUCCUACUGAAGCACCCAGAGGUCACAGCUAAAGUCCAGGAAGAGAUUGAUCGUGUGAUUGGCAGACACCGAAGCCCCUGCAUGCAGGACAGGAGCCACAUGCCCUAUAUGGAUGCCGUGAUACAUGAGGUCCAGAGAUACAUUGACCUCAUCCCCACCAACCUGCCCCAUGCAGUGACCCGUGACGUUAAAUUCAGAAACUACCUCAUCCCCAAGGGCACAAACAUAUUAAUAUCACUGACUUCUGUGUUGCAUGAUGAUAAAGAAUUCCCUAACCCAGAGGUGUUUGACCCUGGCCACUUCCUGGACAAGAGUGGCAACUUUAAGAAGAGUGACUAUUUCAUGGCUUUCUCAGCAGGAAAACGGAUUUGUGUGGGAGAGGGCCUGGCCCGCAUGGAGCUGUUUUUAUUCCUGACAACCAUUUUACAGAAAUUUAACUUGAAGUCUCUGGUUGACCCAAAAGACAUCGACGUCACCCCAGUUGUCAAUGGAUUUGCUUCUGUGCCACCCUUUUACAAGAUCUGUUUCAUUCCUGUGUGAUGAAGGGAGGACCAUCUGGCUGCAGCUGUGCCGUCAUCUGCAACUUCCUCUCCUCUGCGGGCAUCGUUCACCUCCUUUCCACUUCAUUCUCUUCCAAGGAAUGCCUUCUCUGACCUCUCCAUUCACAUCUCCCCAUUACCUCAAUAUCCAGUGAAUAUCCAACCUCCAUUAAAGAGAGUUUCCUGAGUUUCACUGCACAGAUUUAUCUGCUAUUCUCUAUACUCUGCUACUACUUUCCAUACUCAGAUCCUCAUCUGUAACUUGGAUGUGAUAAUUCUUGAAUAUAAGGUUCAGAUAAACUACACAAUGAGA